AUGCCAGAAAUACUUACACCAUCAGGCGAAGAAAAUGUGCUCCCAGGCUUCGGCCAGCUAGUGGGUUUAAGGGUAAAAAUAGGAAAAAUAGAUCUCUGCAGUGCGGAAUUUAGAGUGGGGCGUAGCGUAGAGUGCGACUUAGUGCUGAAUGUGAACCACCUCACUAACAAUGCCCUGCGUUGUAUCUCCAAGAUCCACUUUACGUUGCUGAAAAACUUAACCGAUCUCUCUAGUCCCACGUACAUUAUUAACAAUUCUUCGAACGGAACCUGCGUUAGUGGUAAAAGAAUAGGUAAAAAUGAACGCAUGAUCCUAAUGCACGAGGCUGUAAUUACAAUUGGCAGCUGUGCGCGCGCGUUCGUGUACCAUGAAUUUCAUUACGUUGUACCGAUACAAGUAAAGGAAGAGGAAUUGCUCAAGAACUAUCGUAUCGGUCAGUUGCUUGGGACAGGAGCGUUUGGAACGGUGUAUUUUAUGCACCACUGUGUGUCUUGUAAGGCAUUUGCCUUGAAAAUCGUCAAUAAGCUGUGGCAGGAGCACAACCAGGACGAAACAAAUGAAGUGAAUAUUUUGAAAAACAUUUCGCACCCGUGUGUUAUCAAAUUGUACGAUGUGUACUUUAAACCCGACUCGGUGUACAUGGUGCUGGAGUACAUGCAGGGAGGCGACUUGUUGACUCGCAUCCUAGACACAGAUUACCUUCCAGAGGAGUUGGCAAAGUUCUUUUUCUUUCAGCUGUGCCACGCGAUAAAGUACCUGCACAGCCAAAAUAUUAUUCAUCGUGAUUUGAAGCCCGAUAAUAUCCUCCUGAAGGAUAACAGCGAGUAUCCCUUACUGAAGGUGUCUGAUUUCGGUACGAGUAAACUCCUGAACAGGAACGUCUUUAUGCGCACGAUCUGCGGUACGCCACAUUAUGUGGCACCAGAAGUUCUGGAGCGGCAAUAUCGCAGUUGGUACACGAAAGCGGUCGAUAUCUGGAGCCUGGGAGUGGUUCUGUACACGAUGCUUAGCGGUUUGUUGCCCUUCGCCCAGGAAGAUGGCUCCGUAAGUGAGGAACAAAUAAUGUGUGGCGAUUUCAGCUUAUCCCAAAGCGUGUGGGCUUCGGUUGGCCAAACGGCGAAAGAUCUCGUCUACGACAUACUAAAUGUUGACCCAAUGUUUCGGCCAACGAUCAACAACCUGCUCGAGUCCAGCUGGUUUCGCGAUUCCGACGAAGUGAACCAGGCGCAAAGCUUGAUGGCGUUGGAAUAA